AUUUUUAUGAAAUAAUCAAAUAUGGCAAAACCUAUACCAAAAAUGGGUUCGCGUAAAAAUGGACGUAUUGGUUCGCGUAAGCAUGCUCAUAAAAUACCAAAGGGAGUUAUUCAUGUUCAAGCUAGUUUUAACAAUACUAUUGUGACUGUUACAGAUGUACGUGGUCGGGUUAUUUCUUGGUCCUCCGCCGGUACUUGUGGAUUCAAGGGUACACGAAGGGGUACACCAUUUGCCGCUCAAACCGCAGCAGGAAAUGCUAUUCGAACAGUAGCGGAUCAAGGCAUGCAACGAGCAGAAGUCAUGAUAAAAGGCCCCGGUCUCGGAAGAGAUGCGGCAUUAAGAGCUAUUCGUAGAAGUGGUAUACUAUUAAAUUUUAUACGGGAUGUAACCCCUAUGCCACAUAAUGGAUGUAGGUCUCCGAAAAAAAGACGUUGGAAGUGUGUUGAAUCAAGAGUAGACAGUAAACGUCUUUAUUAUGGACGCUUUAUUCUGUCUCCACUUAUGAAAGGCCAAGCCGAUACAAUAGGCAUUGCAGUGCGAAGAGUUUUGCUAGGAGAAAUAGAGGGAACAUGUAUUACACGUGCAAAAUCGGAGAAAAUACCACAUGAAUAUUCUACCAUAGUAGGUAUUCAAGAAUCAGUACAUGAAAUUUUAAUGAAUUUGAAAGAAAUUGUAUUGAGAAGUAAUCUGUAUGGAACUCAAGACGCAUCUAUUUGUUUCAAAGGUCCUGGAUAUAUAACUGCUCAAGACAUCAUUUUACCACCUUCUGUGGAAAUCAUUGAUAAUACACAACAUAUAGCCAACCUAACAGAACCUAUUAAUUUGUGUAUUGGAUUAAAAAUUGAGAGGAAUCGCGGAUAUCGUAUAAAAACACUAAAAAACUUUCAAGACGGAAGUUUUCCCAUAGAUGCUGUAUUCAUGCCUGUUCGAAAUGUAAAUCAUAGUAUUCAUUCCUAUGGGAAUGGGAAAAAAAAACAAGAGAUACUCUUUCUCGAAAUAUGGACAAAUGGGAAAGAAGAUCCCUUUCAUUUAGAAAAAAAUCAACACAAGGUUACUUUACCCCUUUUUACUUUUCAUGAUAUAUUGGCUAAGGAUAAACUGAGGAAAAAUAAAAAAGGAAUAGCAUUGAAAUCCAUUUUUAUUGACCAAUUAGAAUUGCCUCCCAAGAUCUAUAAUUGUCUCAAAAGAUCCAAUAUUCAUACAUUAUUAGAACUUUUGAAUAAUAGUCAAGAAGACCUUAUGGAAAUGGAACAUUUUCGUGUAGAAGAUGUAAAACAUAUAUUAGACAUUUUAGAAAUAGAAAAGCAUUUCGCAUAAAUUUGAAAUCCAUUGGCAUUGGUUUUUUUUUUUCAUAUUUUUAUUAUUUAUAAAAAUAAAGGUGAAAAUGUGUAAUUUGAAUCCUUAGAAUAAAUCCAUAUACUCGGAAUAGGCCAAAAGAUGUAUCUAGGGAUUAGUCGUUUCAAAAUGAAUUCUCCCUAGAUACACAAUAUACAUGGCAUGAUAUUUUAUUUCACAAUUGAAUCCAUUUAAUUAAAAAGUUUAAAAAAGACCUAAAAUUAGAGAUUUCUCAAUAGGUAAUGUUGCU